AUGACCCAGACACUGCACUUGAUCCCAUGUGGAGCCGGAGGGAGCGGGACCGAGACCUCUCAGACCGGGACCGAGGCCUCUCCGUCCGAGACCGAGGCCUCUCCGUCCGGUACCGAGGCCUCUCCGUCCGGUACCGAGGCCUCUCCGUCCGGGACCGAGGCCUCUCAGACCGAGACCGAGGCCUCUCAGACCGAGACCGAGGCCUCUCCGUCCGGUACCGAGGCCUCUCCGUCCGGGACCGAGGCCUCUCCGUCCGGGACCGAGGCCUCUCAGACCGAGACCGAGGCCUCUCAGACCGAGACCGAGGCCUCUCAGACCGAGACCGAGGCCUCUCAGACCGAGACCGAGGCCUCUCCGUCCGAGACCGAGGCCAUUGCGGCGGUGUUUCCUGAACGCUGCCCUUACCUGCGAGGGCCCGGUGCAGUGCAUGCUGGGAGCUCACAGCUGUACCUCUGUCCUGCUUUUCAUCCGCUCCUCAUGACCAGGGGCCGGAGCCGAGGCGUUUGUCUAGUUCCUCUGACUGAUGAUGAUGUCGUGGCUCCCUCUGAUGCGGCGGGCGAAGGUCAGGCACCAGCAGGGGGCGCUCUGCCUGUGGUGACCAUGACAACUGAUUUAGGUCAUCACCGCGAGAGGACAACCUGCGACUGCGAGCGGCGUGGACGACCGCGGCGCCACGGCUAA